AUGUCCCAUUGGCAAUAUGAUGAAGAAAGAAACAAGUCAUACUGGGCAGAUGAAGAUGGACGAUAUAUCUAUGCUCAGCCUGGCCGAAUAGAUCCAUAUUCCGAUAACAUUUCCGACGUUAGCACUGCUACGAAUCCCGAGGUUCGACGCUAUGUAGAAGCUGAUCUUGGAUACUAUAAGAACCCGGAAUAUCAUCAUAGCGAGUUUCUUGACCUCAACAAUUCUCGAAGAAAUAAUACUUGGCCUGGACUACAACGACCCAGUUACGACAGAUUGAAGCAAACCGGAAAUAAUAGACCAUUCUUCGACACCGGUAGUGAACAGAGUGCCCGUCCUGAUGUUGAUCACCCGUCAUAUAAAACGGAUGUAUAUCGGAACGCCAAGAGACAAUGGGGUCGGAAAGGACCUUCUGGAUCUUCGUACAACCACCGUUAUCAAGAAUACAAAUAUGCUUUAGGCGAUGCCGACGCGGCCAGGGAGGCAUAUAAAAGCUAUUUUGAUUCACGUCCUUGGAUUGAUUCACAAGAGCUGAGGGCUAACCUGGAUAAAUACGGAGGGAAACCAAUUCAGACAGAAUCGUGGCAUACGGAAGCAGAAGCACUGGCAACUACUGCAGCCCGAGUCUCAUGGAGGAUGGGACACCGGAGAAAUGAAUAUCAGAAGGAUUUUAUCGGUUACCACGAACCCAGCUACUUUUCUGGCCAUCGUAAACAAGUUGAUUCUUGCGAAAACAGGGCUGCGAACGACAUGGUAAACGCAAGUAAACAUAGCAAUUGGAUAUCGAAACGUGAGGACGCAAGACGGGCAAGGGCAGCAGAGAUGAGAAGACGAAACAUGAAUUAA